UAGAAUCAACAGACCCGGAUCCUGUAUAUGACCUUUUAUGGUACAGUGCGUUUCAAGUUUUCGAAUUCAGGAAAUCCUUUGAAUUUAAAAUUGCUCCUGAAUAUUGCAAACAUCAUUCCUAA